GUGAGAGAGUGGAAAAUUCAAAACGCAGCUCUCUCUCUCUCUCUCUCUCUCUCUCUCUCGUCACAUCAAUCCACACUGUAUAGUAUCUGUUUUCUUCUUCUUCUUCUUCUUCAAGUUCUCUGCUCUGCUUCUUCACUCUCCAUUGGUCCCAAAUCCCAAAUCUUUACUCUCAUUUUUAACCUUUACUGAUCUGACCCAUCUCUCAAAAAACCUCUCCUUUCUCUUUCUUCUGACUCCCUUUUCGAUUUCAAUUCUCAAUUGCUUUGGUUCAAGUGAGUGAAAUUGCUUGUAACCUUCACAAGAUCCCAAUUUGGAAUGAGCCCAUUAUCGAAAGCUUAGGUCUUUGGCAUCUCAACUCAAGUUAACCAAUAGUUUCUCAAUUCAAGAUCCCAUUUUGUUGCAUUGUAGAUGGAAGAAUAAUUAAAAAAAAAAAAUGGAAGUUGUUGAGAGGAAACGAUCCAGAGGAGGGUUCUUGAAUCUAUUUGAUUGGCCUGGAAAGUCACGGAAGAAGCUCUUCUCUUCUGGCAGCUCGGAACUCUCAGAAGAACCAAAGCAGACAAAACAGAAUGCUCAAAACCUCUCUAGUCUUUCUCUCAUUGAGGUUGAUGAGGUUAGCAAGAAUUUGAGUUACAACCCAAGAAGUGAGUCAAGCUGUUGUGCAUCUUCUGUUACCAGUGAUGAGGAAGGGCAGGGAACAAGAGCCCCAAGUGUGGUUGCGAGGCUCAUGGGUUUAGAGUCUUUACCAGUACCAAAUGUCCAAGAGCCUCGGUUUAACCCCGAUCUUGAUCCAUUCUUCCUCAGACCUUCAAGGAACACAGGCAAAUGGAAUGCGUAUGAGAAUCUUGGCUAUGUAAAUCUCCGUAGUGACUAUGAUGGAGGAGUAUCUUGGGAACAUUUGGAUUCAAGAACGAGUGAAGGACGCAACAGACCCAUUGAGAGGUUCCAGACUGAAACUUUUCCUCCCAGGUCGGCCAAACCGAUCUGCGUCACCAACAAUAGACUCUUGUCUCCCAUCAGGAGUCCUGGCUUUGUCCCAUCCAGGAACCCUGUGUAUGUAAUGGAAGCAGCUUCGAGAAUGAUUGAGCCAAGUCCUAGGAUGGCUGCUAGAACGCGGUUUUCGCCACCGUCUAACUCUCCUUCUUCGGUUCCUAUGAGGAUUCAAGAUUUAAGAGAGAAACUAGAAGCUGCGCAGAAAGUGUCAAACCGAAAGCACAACGAGAAGAGAGCAUCAGCAUCAUCAGUCACAACACCAUCAGCUAGUAUUAGUAAGUCUAUGGGGAACAACAGUUCUGAUGGGUUGAAGAGAAAAGUGAAGUUACCUUCUGUAUCAAAGACCAGCACAACGCCCUUAAGCGUCAGCAGAACAAGCCAAAAGGAGAAAGCGGAAGCUAAAAAUGGUAUAGUCAAAAGCCAGAAUGGUCUCAGAGGAAAGAGUGCGCUUAAGCAGAACUACCAGAAACAGAACCAACGCUCAGUAACAUCUGCUUCAAACCAAAAAAGCAGCAAUGUAGUUAACAAAGUUGUGAACAAGGUCCCACUGUCAAAGCAGCAAGGUUCAACAACGGCACUGGCGGGAAAGAACACUUCUUUAUCUUUAUCUCGCAAGAAGACUCUUCCCAGGAGCAAAAAGCAAGAAACUGGAAUCUCCAGUGAUAAACGGAUCAAAAGGAAUGAAAACGUGAUAAAAUGUAACAUCACCAUUGAUAACACAGGCAAAGAUGAUGGGAAAAAGGAAAUGGAUGUGAUCUCAUUCACGUUCUCGUCUCCCAUCAAAGGCUUAUCAUCUGAUUCACUAUCUUCCACUCGAGGAAUUGACCAGGAGACGGACUCUGCAGUUAGUUUCGAUAUGUUUGGUGGUGAUUCUUUAAAUGUUCUGUUAGAGAAAAAGCUCAGAGAGCUGACUUGUAAGCUUGAGUCUUCCAGCUGUAGCUUGAAUCAAGAAGAGUCUUCACGCUUCAGUGCAAAAGAUGGGGUGAACGGUGGGAUGGUUUCAUCUUCAUCAGAGUAUGACAAGUCGACACAAAACGGUCUGGAUAGAGUUUUGUCCGAGAGUGAAUCUGUUUCUGACUGCACUUCAUUCUAUGACAAACAAAAAUUCCAGAUGAUACAAGCAGAAGAGCAGGAAGUUAGCAGCAUUAGCACUGUGACAGAAGCUGAUGAUCUCAGAAGCUCCUGCAGCAAGGGCUUCUCAGAUUGUAGACAGACCACAGAACAUGGGAUUAAACAGUCCUCACCAGAUCAAGAAUUCACAUGGGUUUCAUCAGCACAAGAAGACUCAGAACUCUCAGAGUCUGUAAUAACACUGGCUUAUUCAGAAGACGAAGAAAGGCUGGACUGGGAGCUUGAGUACAUAUCUGAGAUCCUCAGUUCUGACCAACUGAUGGUGAAAGAGUUCGCUUUGGGAAUGGCUGCUGACAUAUUACCUGCUAGCCUCUUUGAUGAAAUGGAGGGUCGUGGAGAAGCAACAGCAGCCAAGCUCAGGAGAAGGACAGUGUUCGAUUUUGUCAAUAACUCCUUAGCACUUAAAUGCGAGCAGAUGUUUAGGGGUACCUGCAGAGGGAUAUUGGGGAAAGAAGGGAUUCUGUUUGAACGUAGAGAUUGGUUAGCUGAAGAACUCAACAGAGAGGUUCACGGGUUGAAGAAGAUGAGGGAGAUGAUGAUGGACGAGCUUGUUGACAAAGAGAUGAGCAGUUUGGAAGGGUGUUGGCUUGAUUUCGAGAGAGAGAGAUAUGAAGAAGGUGUUGACAUUGAAGGAGUGAUAGUCUCUACGUUGGUUGAUGAUUUAGUUAAUGAUCUUGUCUCAGUGUUCAAAGAGAAACAUUAUAGAAGCCAAGGACAUGGGUUAGUUUCUGCUUUGGUUGAGUCUGAUCUUCUCUCAGCAUUCUAGAAGCUCAUGGUCUGCGUCUCUGAGCAUUCCUUAUAUAUUUUUCAACAGUUCUUUUCGAUUUGUUCUGUAUUGUCUACAUGGGUAAAUCCUUUUAAAGAUCAGAUGAAAUGCAAAUAAACUAUUAUAAUGAUUAAGAAA